AUGGCUCAAGCCGCCAACUCCGAUAGCACGGUGGCCAUGCCCCGCUUGGAGGAUAUCCUGCGUCAUCCCGAAGACCUGGACAAGAUCAAUGGUCUCAAGGCCGAAUAUCUACGAAAGAAAGGCGCCGUUGAUUCACGACUGCGAGAAGGCCUGCGGGACCAACUGGAGGCAGUGCAGCGCAGCAUAGGCAUCCUGACAGAAGGGCAGCGACAAGUCUCGAAAGCAAGGGAUGAAUUGUCCGGGAUCGACAAGUUGUGCGCCGAGUCCCAAGGCAGCGUGGAGGACUUUGCGCAGAUCGACAAACUUGCCCGGAUUCAACGGCACUUUGAUGCCACCUUGUUGAUGAAGAAGGGGCUGGAGAGCUUUGGCGCCGAUAUACAAGAGGUGGAGGAUCUGCUGAGGGAAGACGAUGACGAUCUUGAAAAUCAACCGAAUCUACUCCGGGCUCAUAUGCAGAUCUCACGGUUGCGAGACUUCCGCGACGAGGCGAUGGAUCAGAUCCGCAAGACAAAUGAUGCAAGUGCCGAGGAGACUUUGACGGAGUACUUUCAAGGGUUAGACUCUGUGAUCGACUGGUUUGAUGAUCACCUCGGUACAGCCUGUAUGAACCUGAUACCACUGGUCCAGGAGGACAACAAGAGUAUGGUUGUUCGACUUGCAGUGGUGGUUGCGAAUGAAGAGAAGAACGAUGAUACAGUGAAGGCCUUGCAAGAAGCCCAAAAAGACCACAGAGACUUGGCAAGUCGUUUCAAGUCAAUGAACAUUGGCCCGAAGACUGUUCGCGGGUAUAAGGACAAGUUCGUUCAGGCAAUAGAGUUCUACGCGUCAAACCAGUUCGAGAAAACCAAGGAGGAAUUUUUCGGGGACCCGGACCAUCUGGAGAAGAGUUUCCGGUGGUACUUCAAUGAUCUUUUCACGGUCAAACAGGGCAUGCAGAACCUGGUCCCGAAGAAAUGGAAGAUCUACAAGUUAUACACCGAUAUGUAUCAUCGAAUGAUGCAUGAUUUCCUCGUGGCCAUGAUUGAUGACCCUGAGAUCCCAGCCGACAACUUGCUGAAGAUCAUUCACUGGAGCGACAAGUACUACAAGAAGAUGAAAAAGCUGGGCUGGACACCGGCCGAACUUCAUCCCAACCUUCUGGAUGACCGUGAGCCCGAGCUGGUGCGCCAGUGGCAGAGUGUCAUUAUCAACGCGGUGGAGGAGUGGAUGGCCCGUAUUUUCGAGGCAGACAAGCGAGGCCUUAUGGAACGGCAACCAGACUCCCUGGAUACCAACACAGAUGGAUACUUCCGCACCAAGACUCUUGCGGACAUGUGGCGGAUGCUCCACGAGCAGGUCGUGGCCUCAGGUGCAUCUGAAAGAGCCGACGUCGUCGAAGGCGUCAUGGAUGCCAUGUUCCGGGCAUUGAAGACCCGACUGAGCGCAUGGCUGGCCGUCAUCGACGAAGAAUGCACCAAGCACAAGGCACCGGGUAGCGAGCAGGCCGAGGGUGUGCAGCUACUGCAGGACUGGUUGAUAGGAGUAGCCAACGAUCAGAUUGCUUGCAUCGACGACAACGAAGAAACCGGCCAAAUGGGUUACCUGACAAGGUUUAAGAAUGACAUCGAGCCGCUCGUGACACCCAAAUAUAUGGCGAUGCGGGCAACCGCCGAGCUGGAUGCACUGCGCGAUGGCUACGUUGAUUUGAGCACGCACUGCCUGGCACAGUUCGUGUCCGUGGUGUUCAGCGUGGAUCUCGCGACUGUCAUUCCAGACCUGUUUACGACUAAAUGGUAUGGCGAAUACGCCGUCAAGCGAAUCACCUCCACUUUCGAGGACUACAUGGCCGACUACACACCGGUGCUCCACCCAUCCCUCGUCGAUAUCCUGGUCGAAGAGCUUUCAGACGAGUUGCUCGUGCGAUACCUCUCAUCUGUCCGCAACAGGGGCGUCAAGUUCCGCCGCCACGUCGACCCCUUCACGGACAAGUUCAAAGAUGACGUCCUCACUGUCUUCGCCUUCUUCCAGAAAUACGAGUAUUCCUUCGAAGGAACCAUCAAGCAGAAGUGGCGUUUGGUCGAUUGGCUUGUCCGUUUGCUUGAAGCCGAGAAGGGUCAGCCUAUUGUUAGCGUGUACGAGGCUUUCAAGCUCGAGUACUGGGAUCUGCAACUGUCGUGGGUGGAGGCUGUGCUGCGUACCCGCGAUGACUUUGAGCGCAGCAUGAUUAGCUCUAUCAAGGCUAAGGCUGCUGAGUUGUCUGUUGAACGUGGUAUGGAGACGAUUAUGAGUCGAGUGAGGUGA